AUGAGGAGUCUCAAUGCUGCAGUGUGUUUCCAGCUCCUGCUGUGUUGCACUUGGGCUUCAGCCGUGUCGGCAGCAUCGUUCCAUGACCGAAGACAAACAGGCACCUCCGAAACCUCAGGUGCAGGUUACGCCUUCGGCAAAAGCGGAGUCGACGCUUCUUUCGACUAUGUUGUAAUCGGCGGAGGCACAGGUGGACUGGCCAUAGCUACGCGACUAGCUGAGAACCCUUCCAUUAGCGUUGCAGUGAUCGAAGCUGGAGGUUUCUACGAAGCCGACGAUGGCAAUAUCAGUGUCGUGCCUGCAUAUGACAUCUUCUACGCUGGCACGGGCGCCAAUACCACCAACCCGCUGGUGGAUUGGGGAUUUCUCACACAGCCUCAAGCGGGCUGCAAUAAUCGAAAAUUACACUAUGCGCGAGGCAAGACGCUAGGAGGCUCAUCGGCCCGUAACUUCAUGUUCUAUCAACGGCAAGUUAGCUGCAUCGAAUCGAUCGCUUUUACUAAUCGUUGCAGGCCGACCGUAGGAGCGAUGCAGAGGUGGUCGGACGACGUUAGCGACCCAAGCUACACUUUUGCAAACCUUCUGCCUUUUUACAAGAAGAGUGUGCACUACACACCGCCAAGUAUUGCUUAUCCGAACAGCUCGAAUGUUCAGGACAGCAGUGCUUUUGAUCCCUCUGGAGGACCACUCCAAGUGUCUUUUGGCAAAUAUGAUGACCCAUUCGGAACUUGGGCUCAAAAAGCAUUGCAAGCCGCGGGUGAGGUUGCUAUCGCUGGAUUCCAAAUAGGCAGGCUCAUCGGGUCCGCAUACCUGGCAUUCACCGUGAAUCCCGUCAAUGGUCAUCGGUCUAGCUCAGAGGCAAGCUUUCUACAAUCGGCCAAAAGCCCUACCAACCUGUUCAUCUACAACAACACUCUGGCCCAAAGGAUCAUCUUCAAAGGCCCACAAAACACUGCUCAAGGUGUUACUGUCUCUUCAGUGGGGACCGAUGUGCAGGAGUCCGGUCCCAUCUACACUCUAAAUGCCAAACACGAAGUGAUCCUCUCUGCGGGAGGGUUUCAAUCGCCGCAACUACUCAUGGUCUCUGGCAUCGGCCCACGAGAGACACUCGAAAGUCACGGUAUCACUGUGCUCAAAGAUCUCCCCGGGGUCGGACAAAAUAUGCAAGAUCAUGUUUUCUGGGGCACCUCGUUCCAAGUCGACGUGACCACCUCUUCCUCAGCGUUGAACCACCCUGAGCUCGAGGCCGAGGCUGUACAAGAAUAUAACGAAAACGCAACUGGUCCCCUCACAAAUCCAAUUGUCCCAGUCCUCGGAUGGGAGAAGAUUCCUCAAGCGGACCGUGCUGGCUUUUCAACCGCGACACAGCAAGCUUUGAGUACCUUCCCUGCCGACUGGCCCGAGAUCGAGUUUAUCCCCAUCGGCACCGUUCUCGGCUACGCAGCCGACUUUGCAGCAGGGGAUCCGGUGAACGGAAACAAUUACGCCACAAUGUCUACAGUGAUAAUCGCAGCGCUCAGCCGCGGAAAUGUCUCCAUAUCAAGCAGCAAGAUGACCGACCCGCCUCUCAUCAACCCCAACUGGAUGACCCAUCCCGCAGAUCAGGAAUUGGCCAUUGCGGCGUUCAAAAGAUCCCGCGAAGUGUGGAAAUUCAUGAGCAACAUCACGGUCGGAGAGGAGUAUCUUCCCGGCCCGCAGGUGCAGAGCGACGCCGAUAUUCUAAACUUCAUAAGACAGGCUCUGUCGCCAGUGUGGCACGCGGCUUCUACUUGCAAGAUGGGGAGGCCAACCGACCCGAUGGCUGUUGUUGAUACGCAAACGCGCGUUUAUGGCACGAAGAGGCUGAGGGUGGUUGACGCGAGUGCCUUCGCGGUCCUACCGCCGGGACAUCCGCAGUCGACGGUGUAUGCGUUGGCGGAGAAGAUUGCGAGUGAGAUCAAGGCGGGUCGUACCUAG